AGGGCCAAAAGCUUUUUAUCAUCGGUCGCUGCUGCGACCACAAAAGGAAUCUCCGCUCCGCCCUCCCUCCCUCCCUCAGACCUUUCAACGCCUCCUCCGUCUCUCCGCGAGCCGAUUCCGCCAUGGAUUCUCGUGUCCUCUGGCUUCCGCUCUUCUAAGAUCUCACAUCGAGUUGUUUUCUUUCGGAUCUUAGUUUCUUCGGACAGGAUCAGAUCGGCCGAGUCGCAUGGAGGGGAAUAGUUGGAGGCCGGCUCAGGGGGAGCCCGCGGCCGCCUCGGAUGGGGGCUCUGUCGACUGGAGGACCCAACUCCAGCCCGAGGCGCGGCAUAGGAUCGUAAAUAAGAUAAUGGAGACCUUGAAGAGGCAUCUCCCAAUCUCAGUGCCUGAGGGUCUAAAUGAACUACAGAAAAUUGCUAUUAGGUUUGAGGAGAAGAUAUAUACUGCUGCUGCCAAUCAGUCUGAUUAUUUGAGGAAAAUUUCUCUGAAAAUGCUCUCAAUGGAGAGUAAGUCUCAGCAUUCUGCAUCAAUCAAUCCUUCAAUGUCCAACAGUACCAUCACAAACCAAAAUCCUGUUGACUCAGCAUUACUUGGUGUACAAUCGCAAAUCAUGGUGAAUCAGCCUUCAACAAGGCAGCAACUUUUACCCCAGAAUAUUCAAAACAACAAUUCAGUUACGGCACAAAGUUCUGCCAAUAUCCCCUCUGCAUUGUCAUCCAUCGCAGGUCUCAGCCAAUCCAACAUAUCCACUGUUAGCCAGACAUCCAACCUGCAAAACAUGCCUGGCAUAUCACAGAACUCUAACUCUUUGGGUCAAACUGCAGUACCAGAUAUUUACACAAAUGCACAAAGACAAAUGCAGGGAAGGCAGCAACAGCAACAAAUCAUUUCCCAACAGCAGCAUCAAUCACAGAAUCAAUUUCUUUAUCAGCAUCAGCUCCAACAACAAGUAUUUAAUCAGAAAUUGCAGCAUUCUCCACUAUUGCAACCCCAUGUUCAGCAGCCGCAGCAACCUAUGCUGAAAACGACUCAGCUGCAAUCUUCUCAACAGCCUCUAAUGCAAAUGACAUCCAAUCUUCAGUCGGGCCAGUCUACCAUUCAACAGAUGCAGCCUGGAGCAAUCCAGUCUGCUGUACAACCUGGCCUUCAACAAAAUCAGCUAAACUCAGUUCAGCAAUCUGUGCCAUCCGUGCUUCAGCAACGUCCACAAUCAGUUGCUAGACAACAACAGCAACAACAGGCUACCAUACUUCAACAAGCGCCUUCACUGCAACAGCAGCAGCAGCAGCAGCCAACUUCAGCUCCUCAGCAAUCAAAUUUACCUGUGCAGCAGCACCAGCAGCAGUUGAUGGGGCAGCAAGCUAAUAUUUCAAAUGUCCAACAGACCCAGUUGCUUGGGCAACAAGCAAGUGUCACAGAAAUGCAACAACAACCACAGAGACUUCCAGUUCAACAGAAUAAUCUUUUAAGCAUGCAACAGCCACAACAUUUAUUGAAUCAGCAGAAUAUUUCUUUACAUCAGCAACAGCAGUUUGGCACUCAAAGUAACAUAUCAGUGCUUCAACAAUCACAACAGCAGCAACAACAGCAGCAAUUACUUGGAUCUUUAUCUAAUGUCUCAAAUAUGCAGCCACAUCAACGCUCAAUGCAUAUGCUUCAACAACCAAAGACAUCUGUGCAACAACAGCAGCAAAACCAGCAGUCAUCAUUGGCAAUGCUGCAACCACAAGGUCAGCAGCCCCAACAUCAAUCAUCACAGCAUCAGCUGAUUUCUCAGUUCCAAUCCCAGCCUGCAUCGUUGCAACAUCAAUUGGUACAACAUCCAGGUUCUUUGCAACGAGAGAUGCAACAAAGAAUUCAAGUUUCAGGUGCCUUGCUGCCCCAGAAUGCAAUCGAACAACAGAAGCAAUUCGGUCAGCCACAAGUAGGGCUUCCAGAGGUCUCCUCUAGUACAUCAUUGGAUUCCACAGCACAAACAGGACAUGGUGGUGUCGUUGAUUGGCAGGAGGAAAUUUACCAAAAGAUAAAAUCCAUGAAAGAGCUCUACUUUGCAGAACUGAGUGAGCUUUAUCAGAGGAUUGUUCUGAAGCUGCAACAGCAGGAUGCUCUUAUGCCAUCUGUCAAGACAUCAGAACAGUUUGAUAAAAUAAAGAGCUUUAAGCUUAUACUGGAGCGUACAUUACAAUUUUUGCAGUUAUCCAAGAAUAAUAUUCAAUCUGGACUGAAGGACAAACUUCCUAUAUAUGAGAAGCAAAUAGUAAAUCUUCUGGCUUCAAAUAAAAAAAAAGUAAUCCCUUCACAGCCACCUGGACAGCAACAAUUUCAGCAUCCUGUUGUACCUUCUCAAUCCAUGCCGCAACAACAACCAUCUCAAGUUCCACAGCUGCAGCAAAAUGACAAUUAUACAAACCAGCAAAUGAAUCUUCAAGGUUCAAUGACUUCAAUGCAGACAGCUGCGGUGCCAAGCAUGCAACAGGGUUCUGUACCUUUAUCAACACAUUUUGGUGUUCCUACACCUCAACAGAACAUCACAAACGCUUUACAGACUGGUUCUACAAUUGAUACUCUUCAAGGAAGUUCUUUUAGUUCAUUGCAGCAGGGAGCAAUUGCGUCCAUACAGCAAGGUGGGUUGGUCUCGGGGCAAGGUGCCAUUAGUGUUGCUCAACUGGCCAAUACUAAUGCUAUGACACAGGGCUCAAUGACUUCAUUACAAAACAAUAUUAAUUCCAAGCAACCAAAUUCUAGCACAAUGCAACAGCAACAUUUUAAGCAGCAGCAACAGCAAGAGCAACAACAACAGCAACAGCAUCUAAUGCAAAAUCAACAAAUGAAGCAGCAGUUUCAUCAGCGGCAAAUGCAGCAACAGAUAAUCCAGCAACAACAAAAGCAACAACUGCUUCAAGCUCAGCAGCCUCUGCAGCAACAGUUGCAACAACAACAACAACAACAGAAGCAACAACAUACACCACAGAUUCCAAUACACCAAAUUCCACAGCUUCAUCAAACGAACGAAGUCAAUGAAUUGAAGUUGAGACAAGGGGCUGGUAUUAAGCCAGGACUUUAUCCACAGAAUUACUCAGCUGGUCAACGCCACAACUAUUAUCAACAACUGAAAAAUGCUGCUGUUUUUCCAAAUUCAUCACCUCAAAAUUUUCAAGCUUCCUCUCCCCAAAUAUCUCAUCAUUCUUCUCAACUUGAUCAGCAUACUCUUCUAUCUUCUCAAAUAAAGUCUGGAACACCUUUGCAAUCAGCUAACUCACCAUUUGUUGCAUCUCCUUCCACUCCUAUAGCCUCCUCACCAAUUCCAGGAGAAUCUGAAAAACAUUCUGGUAUUACAUCACUACCAAAUCACACUAGACAUCAGCAAACAACUAUAGCACCUCCUCAAGCUCAAUCAAUUAAUGUUGCUACACCUGGAAUAUCAGCAUCACCUUUGCUGGCUGAAUUUACCAGUCCUGAUGGGAAUCAGAGUAGUCUUCCAAAUUCGGUUGUUGGCAAAUCAAAUAAAGCAGAAAGGCCUUUGGAGCGCUUAAUAGAAGUGAUACGAUCAUCAACGCCCAAGGCUCUGAGGUCCGCUGUUAGUGAUAUCGGAUCUGUUGUAAGCAUGAUAGACAGGAUAGCAGGUUCAGCACCAGGAAAUGGUUCAAGGGUUGCUGUCGGUGAAGAUUUAGUUGCCAUGACAAAGUGCCGUUUACAAGCUAAAAGCUUCAUGUCACAGGAUGGAAGUGCUACUACCAAAAAAAUGAAGCGUGACACAAGUGCCAUGCCCUUGAAUAAUGUUUCAUCUGCUGGGAGUUUUAAUGAUAGCUUUAAGCAAUCUUAUGGUCUUGAUAAUUCUGAAUUAGAGUCAACUGCAACAUCACGUGUCAAGCGGCAGAAAGUUGAGGUAAAUCAUGCCUUGCUUGAAGAGAUCAGGGAGAUAAACCUGCGGCUGGUUGACACAGUAGUUAGCAUAAGCGAAGAGGAGACUGAUUCAAGUUCUGCUGCCUUGGAAGGUGAAGGAACAGUUGUAAAAUUUUCCUUCACUGCUGUGGCCUUUUGUGAGAGCCUGAAAUCUCAGUUUGCUUCGGAACACAUGAGUCCAAUUCUGCCCUUGAGGUUGCUUGUUCCCGUGAGUUAUCCAAAAUGCUCCCCUGUUCUUUUGGACAAACUUCCAGAUGAUCAAAGGGAAUCUGAUGAUCUGUCCGUCAAAGCGAAGUCAAGGUUCAUCAUUUCUCUCCGUGCCUUGUCACAGCCGAUGUCGCUGGGAGAAAUGGCGAGGACAUGGGACGCCUGUGUCCGUAAAGUAAUCACAGAAUUCGCUCAGCAGACCGGUGGAGGAACCUUUAGCUCGAGAUAUGGUGCCUGGGAGAACUGUAUAAGUGCUUGAUGUUCCUUUGAUACUGUGGACCUGUUGUUUGUAGUAAUAGUUAUGAAGGUUUAGCAGAUAACUUAAUGCAUCUGCCAAACUAAGCUGCAGUCGAUGCAAUGUAGUUCCAGACGGUCACUUAUCUUUGAUGAAGUAACUUGUUACAAAAUAUUUUUGUAUUCCUGCAAUGGCAUGUAUGUAUCAACAGUGUUUUACA